CCUCCAAACUUUUUCAAAACAAAAGCCUGUUCUCUCUCUCUCUCUCUCUUCUUUCUAUUCAAUUUGGGUUGAGUUAAGUUUUAGACUUGAGAGGUGUGAUUCCCGUUACUCCUCACUACUUUGACCCGCUUUUUAUUCUCUCUCUCUCUCUCAUCCCACCACUUAUAUCUCAGACAUCACAUGCAUUUUGCAAUUUUACAAAAGCAGCGUUUUUUUUUUCUUUUUUAAAAAAGCACUAUAACAGGUAGAAACUAUAAUGGUAUGGGGGCACUCUUUUCUUUUGCGUACUCACGCAGAAAAAGAAGAGUGAAAACUCUGACUGUGACUCCUCGUCAGAGCAGAGCAGAGCACCACAUUCAAAAAAAUUCCCUUUUUUCAUUGUCCUCUCUCCCUCUGCAAAACAAAAAACCAAAAACAUCUUAAAAAUUCACUCUCUGUCUCCAACUAUACAACAACCCACCCCCUUUACUCAAGAUUCCGUUUUUUUCUUCCUCACAGCCUUUUCAACUUGUUGUAAAUUUCAAUUUUGGAAUCGUUUCAUCCCUUCACGUGAUCUGGGUUUGUUCCAUAUAAAGUUCAGCUCUUCCCAUACCCAACACCUUUUUUUAUUUCCCCUUUUAGUUCAUCCAUUCAUUGUUUCUAUUGAAUUAUCAGAAAUCCGUUUUCAUGAAUUUCAAUUGCUGAGUGAUGAAUAGAUAGAUGCUUUUGUUUUAAAAGUUCUGUGUGAUAAAAAUUUGUGGCUGUUAUGGGUGGUGAUGGUAGAGUUGAAGUUGUGAGUGGCAAGGGGUGUUCGAGGCUGUUUUCAUCUUCAAUUCCUUCAUUCAGAGGUUUGCAACCAUUGGAGCCAAUGUCUCCUGCUUCGUCUCCUUUGCAAGUGCCAUCAUCAACUGCUCCUUUUGCUGGUCUUGUCAUAUGCGUUACUGGUUUAUCUAAAGAAGCAAGGAAUCAGGUCAUGGAGGCUACAGAGAGAUUAGGUGGACAGUAUAGCCCCAAUUUGCAUCCUCAAUGUACCCAUUUGGUGGUUCAGAGUUUUGGUGGACGCAAGUUUGAGCAUGCGCUGAAGCAUGGAGCAAAAAAUGGCCUCUUUGUUGUUACACUGGGUUGGUUUGUGGAUAGUGUCAGGAAAACUGUGAGGUUGAGUGAAUCACAUUAUAGAGUGAAGAGUUACGGGGAUAACAACACACGUUUGGAGGAUUUUAGACUGCUUCCUGAGUAUAGAAAUGCUGAAAAUUCUUGUUUUCCUGCAAGAAUCCACCAAAGCAACCAAGCUAAUAGUGUUGAAGAACUUCAAAGAUUCACUGGAAGAGAGUCUAACAGAAAUUCGGACUCAACUUUGUCUGGCUGCUCCAUCUAUGUUGAUCCAGGCAUUUCAUCUGAAUUGCGAAACAAGGUUAUUGAGACUGCUUCAAGAGAAGGUGCUAGUUUGGUUGAACAAUGGUUUGUUGGCUGCAGUGUUAGUCAUGUAGUAACUGAAGGGACAUCAAUCCAAAGAUAUCUUGGAUACUCUAGUAACCUCAUUACACCUCUGUGGAUUCUCAAAACAGCUAAGGAGAAAUAUGUGCGAAAGCUUGUUCACAUGUCCGUUGAUUUGGCAAAGCAAGUUGGCCUAAUGCUUGAAGACAUCCAUAAUGACAUUUCAGGAAAGGAAGUAAUAAAGCAAAAAGUCCUUAACAAUCUUCCGGAUACUGAAAGUGAAGUCAGCUAUGAAGAAAGACAACAAAUUGUGAAUUCUGCCAAAAAUGGAGUCAGAAAUCGCCGUGGUCGUCGAAUGCAGACUUGUCAGACUCCAAUUCGUCCUAUAACACCCAACAACCUUCUAGACUCUAUCUGCUGGUCUAUAUCCGAGCCAACUUCAACUGCUUCCAUUUACACAGACUCUUUCAGUGUUGAAGAUCCUAGUGAAAAUCAUACUUCAAUAUUUUUUGACGCAAAAGGGGAUGGCAAGGAUUCGGAAGCUUCGUUUUCAAACUCCACUCGUCCUCUGACAGAAAGCGAGAAAUCCGAGUUGAUAUUUAAAAACCAUUUCCUUACCAUACUAUUACCAAUCGACCGAUUUGCUGAGAUGGGUCCUUCUUCAAGAACGUUUUUCAGCCAUAAUGGUUUUACAUGUCUUCAGGUGUUGGAUCAUAUCCGUGCAUUUUAUCAGGAGAACAUGUCAAGGCAAGAAAUAGAAGCUGCAAUUCAUAGUGAUUCAAGACACGCUGAUAGGCUUAGAUCAGUGUACUCAAGUAAGGAAACAGCUGAAAGUGGCUAUGUAAUGUUCAAAAGGGUUGAAUUCUUGGGUAGUCGUACAAGUUUUGAAAUGUUGAAGCGUGUAACUGGGGACAACAAUUCCAACGUUUAUGAGCUAUUACUUAGGGCCUAAGGUAAUUUUAUUUUGCAAGGAUUCCCCAUAUUGGUAUGAAUGGCCUAAAAUGGGGAAAUGUUUAGCUUGUCCAUAGAACAAAUGAGAAAAAUGAUGGUGAUAUUUUCAUUAAUAUUUUAAUAUUAUUUUUGGUAUGUUAGUUA